AUGCGCGACUCAACUUCCUACCAGUACGAUCUGGGUUCUUACCAUCGCAAGAUUAGCACUUCCAGCCCAAAUUCGCAAACAUGGUUCGAUCGCGGUUUGGUCUGGUGCUACGCCUUUCACCAUGAGGAGUCAGCCCGAUGCUUUGAACGAGCUAUCAGCGAAGACUCGAAUUGCGCGAUAGCUUAUUGGGGUCUCGCGUUCGCCCUCGGGCCGAACUACAACAAGCCUUGGGACUUGUUUGACGAGAAAGAACUCAAGGCCACACUAGGAAAGAUAAAUGAAGCGAACGAAAAGGCCGAACUACACGCAUCCAGUGCGUCGGAUCUGGAAAGAGCCCUGAUCGACGCCGUUCAAGUGCGCGUGCCGAAAGGUCUAGAUGAAGCUGCGUUCCAAGCAUGUAAUGAAGAGUAUGCCAAAGCUAUGGAGGGUGUUUACGAGCGUUUCUCUGACGACCUUGACGUGGCGUCUCUCUACGCAGACUCUCUUGUCUGUCUCUCGGCAUGGAAUCUAUGGGAUCUCAAGACCGGCCAACCGACGCCAGGUGCUCGCUCUUUAGAGGCGAAGACCGUGCUCGAAAAGGCUUUACAGCAAGACGGCUCACAUUUGCACCCAGGAGUUCUCCACCUUUACAUUCAUUUGAUGGAGAUGUCAGCAACGCCUGAAGUAGCUCUUAUCUGUGCAGAUCAGCUAAGACAUCUUACCCCCGACGGAGGACAUUUGCUACAUAUGCCGUCCCAUCUGGACAUCCUUGUUGGCGACUAUCGACGUGCCAUAGACGCUAACACCCAAGCCUGCCUUGCAGAUGAGAAGUAUGUCUCCGAGCAUGGUGCACAAAACUUCUACUCAUUUUACAUGAUGCACAACUAUCACUCGCUCGUAUACGCAGCGAUGUUUGCGGGGCAACUGAAGGUUGCGCUAGAUGCGGUCGACCGCAUGGAAGCCUCACUGCCUGUCUCGCUUCUGCGCAUCGAAAGUCCGCCCAUGGCAGACUGGCUGGAGAACUUUGCAUCAGUUCGUGUACAUGUCCUGGUUCGCUUCGGGCAAUGGCAAGAUCUCAUCGCACUCGAGAUGCCAUCGGAUAGAGAUCUUCACUGUGUGACAACGGCUAUGACGCAUUAUGGCAAAGGUAUUGCGUAUGCCGUUACUGGCGACAUCGUGAAGGCACAGAAGGAACGCGACGCUCUGGUCGAAGCAGUUGAACGUAUUCCAGCAUCUCGGAUAUGUGGGGAUUUUCCAAACAGGUACGGUGCAUACAGUCAAACUAUCCGGAAGGGCGGGCUAUAA